AUCUACCUAGACUAUUCAGAACCAUUGAGGAUUGUCGGCGCAAGCAUGGUCCGGUGGCCUUCGACUCUAGAUGCCUCCCAGAUUUUCUUCGCCAGCAAGCUUCAGUUGAAACCUUAUUCUCGAUCAUCAUUUGCUACAGAGCUCAUUUCACAACUAAGAAAGUAUGGGUUUGCGAGGGUGCGCAAUCAUGGCGUCGCCCCUGCUACCGUCAAGGGACUGUUCGAAUAUCAUCGUCGAUUUUUUGAUCUCCCGCUUUCCGCCAAGCUUAGCGUCCGCCAUCCGGGAGGUGAAGCCCCAGCAAGGGGCUAUUCGCCGUGGGCUUAUGAAAAGACAGCCGUUCUGAGACCCGAUCUUCACACUGCGCCAACCCUAGAAUCCGAUUCGACUACGACUACCAAGGAAUCAGACUUGCCAUUUUUUGCUACCCGUUCUCAACACGCAAACGUCCAGGCGGAGUCCACUAUACAAUCGCCGACACCGCUUCUAGAUGCACGCGAGCAAUUCGCGAUUGGUCCACCCAAAGACACUGCAUUUCCAACACCCCAGCUAGACGAAAAACUGCUUCCCGGCUUCGACGAAGCAACUAGAAAGGCUUAUAAGGAGAUUGGAGAGACGUGUCGCGUUCUCGUGGAUGUUAUCGAGGAAGGGCUAAGUGCCCCCACGGGAUCCAUCAGCACUCGUACCUCGGGAGGCGAAGGGGCAGAACUCAACUUGAAUUUCUAUCCAGAGGUGGAAAAAUCUGUCCUAGAAGGAAGUGUGGGUGCGCGGGUAAGUGAAAAUAACCAAUCUCCCACCAAAAAAGCCUCAAUGAGAAGGAUCUGGCCGCACUCGGAUCUUGGGGUGGUGAGUGCCUUGCUACAACACGGAAUCGGCGCGAGUGGGCUGGAGUUGGAAACCCGCGAAUCCCGAGGAAAUGAGUUUGCACCUUUAUCCAUAGAAAAGGAGGGCGAUAUGGUGCUUCUGGUGUCGGACACGUUGGAACGCUGGACAAAUGGGUAUCUGCGAGCGGCUGUGCAUCGAGUGGGCUCACCACCUGCCAUUACCCCGUCAAUUGUAGCACCUGAAUCUGGAAACACCCACAUUCCUGAGAGACGAUCAGCAGUCAUGUUUUAUCGCGCCCCGCCACACAUACCCUUGGGACCGUUAUCGCACUUCGUGUCGGCUGAUCGUCCAUCCGGGUACGACAAUGUGACUGCCGAGGAGUAUCUGAAGCGACAUAAUAAGAGGCUGUACUGA